AGCGAGAGAGAGAAAGCUGCCUCCGAUUCCUGUCGUUUUCUUUAUUUUGGAAGUGUGGUUAUUGGCUGGCUCAAACCCGGGAAACAUUGAUGCAUCGCUCUGGAAAUUCAUUGUGUGACUUUCUUGGUAUUUGCUGAGUUUCAACCCGAGAUGCAGCUCUUGAAAGCUUUAUGGGCAUUAGCAGGAGCAGCUAUUUGCUGUUUUCUUAUAUUUGUCAUCCAUUCCCAGUUUCUUAAAGAAGGUCAGUUGGCUGCAGGUACAUGUGAGAUUGUUACUUUGGACAGAGAUAGCAGUCAGCCCCGAAGAACUAUAGCCCGACAAACAGCUCGUUGUGCAUGUAAAAAGGGACAGAUUGCCGGUACAACAAGAGCAAGGCCAGCCUGCGUCGAUGAUGCGACAGCUUCUUUGCUGACUCUUUGGUUUGUUGUGAUGGACUGCUGGCCCAUUUCACGUAUUAUAAAAACAAAACAGUGGUGUGAAAUGCUUCCAUGUUUAGAAGGAGAAGGCUGUGAUUUGCUAAUCAAUAAAUCAGGUUGGACUUGUACACAACCAGGUGGGCGAAUAAAGACAACUACGGUCUCCUGACAAAUGCAACACAGAGAAGCCUUGUGAGAGUUUUUAGGCUCUGUGGGCUACAUUCCCUAGUCAAGUUUCACUGCUGUGGAUCAUCGUCCAUUCUAUGUCAUCAGUUCAACUGUCUAUUUCUCUGUAUCUCAUCAAAGACAGCAUAAUUCUAUGUUAUGAGCUAAAGUCUGUUCUACCAUACUAAGGAGCACUGGACUAAGGAAUAGAAAUGUAAGAGAAAUGCUUGGGCAUUAGCAAUACAAAAACAACAAUCACCAGUUCACAGUUAACGUCUCAUCUGCGUUAUACACCACUUCUGGACUUGAUCUAUGGUCAUGUUUUAAUCUGAAGAGUCAGCUACACUGGAGAGUACUCAUCCCAAUCAGCCUUAGAGAAGACUGUUUUGUCUACGGGAGGACACUAAGGUGCAGAAGACAAUUUCUUCUUGUGCCCAAGACUGCCUGAAUUGCUUUUAUUUUCUUAUGUUUCAGUAUAUACAAUAGACCAAAGAGCAAAAUCUAUUUUAAAGUGGACACAAUGUUACUGUUAACAAGGUUAUUUGGGUUCAGCAGUAUGGAGAUCACCCUGCACGAAUUCAGCUCGCCCAGUGCUGUGAAGUUGCUGUCCAGCAAAAGUAAUUAUGGAAUACUGCAGAAAAAGCUGGAACUGCUCUUGGAAAAAAGUACACUUAAAAAUAUAAGGGAACAAGGAGAGAAAAUGA